AUGUUUCUGAUUCCAAGUACAGCAAAUAUACCUGAAAAUCCUACAAAAAAAGGUUGUGAUUUACGUCUAUAUGUACAUAUAUAUAUAUAUGUUUGGGUAUUAACAAAUGGUAUUUAUUCAAGUAUUACUAAACUUCUCGGAGAAAUUAAUCGAACAAAUCCAGAUCCAUCUCAAUCUAUUCAUUUUAUUGGUAUUGCGUCAUGGGGUUGUGUGUCGAGUGUUGAACAACUUGAUGUUUAUGGAACAAAUGUUAUUUAUAAUAAACCAAAAACUGAUGAAAGAUCAUUUGCAUCAAAUCAUGUACUUUUGAUAUUUAUUGAUAAUGAUACUAAACAUGAAUAUGGAAUUCAUGAAAAUGUUCUAAAAAAUAAAGUUUCUGUUCUUCUUUUGCAAGGUGCAGGUGGAUGUUGUGAUUUAUUUGCUAGUGAAGAUCCAUUGACAAUGAAAGAAAAUGAACAAAUCAAAACUAAACUUCGUGAACAAUUAAAAAUUAUUGAUAAUAAAUUAAAUCCAGAAUCAACUAUGAAUUCAUCAAUUGAACAUGAUGAAAUUGUUUAUUUUGAAUUGAAUUAUAAUUUAAUUCAAGAUUUUAAUAAUCCAUUACGAGCAAAAUAUAUAUGA